GUGGGCGCGGGGCAGGCAGCCGCUCUCGCCGUGCCAGCGGGGAGCUGUCCCCCAGCCGCUCCGGGGGCCAGCCCCGCGCCGAGGAUUACAAGUGAGCCGGAGCCUGGUGGGACAGGGGCAAAGCUGGAGAGGGGCGCGCGGACAGCGUUGCUCUUGCUGUGAGACUGUAGGCGCCCCCCCCGUCCCCGACACACAGCCCCCCGCCCCUGGCAUGGUGAGGGGAGCGGGGCUUCUGCGGCUGCCGGCUGCCCAGCCCGGAGCGGCGCGGCGGAGGCGGGCUGCAGCGCCCGGGAUGUACAACUGAGCCGAGCCCCGGCCGAGCUGACCAUGCUGAGAGGCGCCGCUCGCUGCCCGCGCCCCCUGACAGCCCCGGAGCAGCCGCGGCGGCGGCAGGAGGAGCAGCAGCGGCAGAGCCGAGCCGCUGAAUGAGCGUGGCCGGGGUGCCACGGGGCAACUCGCUCGCCGGGGCUCUUCCCAGCGGCGGCGGGCGGCGAGGAGCCCGGCUCCGCUCUGCGGCGUGACUUGCAGGGAAGUUGCCUCGGGCUGGACACCGUUACUCCGUCCCGCGAGGAGAGGAGCUGCGUCCUGCACAGCCGGACCCCGGCCAACUCACCGCAGACCCCUCCCUCUGCAGCCGCGGGGAGCAGCGGCUGCUCAACACCCCUCCGCCACCCCUUGCCCUGGGCGAGCCGUGCGCGGGAGGGGAGGAGAUGCGGGCAGCGCUGUGGAUAUGCUGACACCCCCCUCUCCCCCACCUGGAUGCCUUUGCUGAUGGGGAUUUGUUUGCCUUCUUGAGACUCGCCGCGCCUUGGCUUGCCGGACUUGCAUUGAUUGUGGGCUUGGUUUUUUGGGGGUGGCUGGGUUUCCACACCCCACGCCUGAGCACCAUGGGCCUCCUGUCAGCAGGCAGCUCCUCUCUGUCUUGGCUACCCCCCUUUGCUUUGCUUCUGCUGCUGCCUCACCAUGUCUCCGCUGAGCCCCGACAGGUCUUCCAGGUGCUGGAGGAGCAGCCACCGGGCACCUGGGUGGGCACCAUCGUCACCCGUCCGGGCUUCACCUACCGCUUAAGUGAGCACCAUGCCCUUUUCUCCAUCAAUGCCACCUCGGGGGCGCUGCACACCCGUGCCACCAUCGACCGAGAGAGUCUGGCCAGUGACGUGAUGGACCUGGUGGUGCUCUCCAGCCAGCCCACCUAUCCUAGUGAGGUGCGUGUCCUGGUGCUAGACCUGAAUGACAAUGCGCCUGUCUUCCCAGACCCCUCCAUUGUGGUGACUUUCAAGGAGGACACAGGCAGCGGCCGCCAGCUUAUUCUGGACACAGCCACUGAUGCUGACAGUGGCACCAAUGGUGUGGACCACAGCUCCUACCGCAUUGUGGCUGGCAAUGAGGAAGGGCGCUUCCAGCUCAACAUCACCCUCAAUCCCAGUGGGGAAGGUGCCUUCCUGCACCUGGUAUCUCGGGGUGGAUUAGACCGAGAGGCCACCCCUACCUACCAGCUGCUGGUGCAAGUGGAGGACAAGGGAGAGCCACGGCGGCAUGGAUAUCUGCAGGUUAAUGUCACUGUGCAGGACAUCAACGACAACCCACCCAUCUUCAGCCAAGUUCUCUACCAGGCCCGGGUGCCUGAGGAUGCGCCAAUUGGGGCCAGUGUCCUUCAGGUGGCAGCAGCUGAUGCUGAUGAAGGUACCAAUGCUGACAUCCACUACCGUUUGGAGGGGACAGAGGGUGGUGGUGGGGAGGGGGCUGGAGGAAUCCCAUUUGAGGUGGAUCCGGAGAGUGGGGUGAUCCGUAUCCGUGAGCCUCUGGACUAUGAGACAAGGCGGCAAUACUCGCUGACAGUGCAGGCCACAGAUCGGGGGGUGCCGGCGCUGAGUGGCCGAGCUGAGGCACUGAUCCAACUCCUUGAUGUGAAUGACAAUGAGCCACGGGUGAAAUUCCGCUACUUCCCAGCCACCUCCCGUUUUGCAUCAGUGGAUGAGAAUGCGGCACCUGGCACAGUGGUGGCACUGUUAACUGUGAGCGAUGCUGACUCGCCUGCUGCCAACGGAAACAUCUCAGUGUCAAUCCUUGGAGGAAAUGAGCAGCGUCAUUUUGAGGUGCAGAGCAGUAAGGUGCCAAAUCUCAGUCUCAUCAAGGUAGCGGCGGCACUGGACCGGGAACGCAUUCCUACGUACAACCUCACUGUGGCUGUGGCUGACAACUAUGGGGCCCCCCCGCCACCAGCUGGCUCCCCCACUUCCUCUGUACCUCCAGAAGGGGCAAUUGCUGCCCCAGUGAGCCGCUCUUCAGUGGCCAGCCUGGUGAUUUUUGUGAAUGACAUCAAUGACCACCCGCCUGUCUUUGGACAGUCUGUGUAUCAGGUCAAUAUCAGUGAGGAGGUACCACCGGGCAGCUAUGUGAGGGGUCUGAGUGCCACCGAUCGUGACUCCGGUCUCAAUGCCAACCUCAAAUACAGCAUUGUCUCUGGCAAUGAGCUGGGCUGGUUCUGCAUCAGUGAGCAUAGCGGCCUGGUCACCACCACUGGCAUUGCUGGCUCCGGAGCCAGUGUUCCAGGUAUCGGCAUGGCGUCCUCUAGUGGGCUGGAUCGAGAGACAGCCUUACAGGUGGUGCUGAACAUCAGUGCCCGUGACCAAGGGGUGCAGCCCAAGUUUUCCUAUGCCCAGCUGGUGGUGGCCAUCCUGGACGUCAAUGACCAGAGACCUCUCUUCAGUCAGCCGGAUGGCUACCAGGUGUCCCUGGCUGAGAAUUCCCCUUCAGGAACUGAGUUGCUGGUCUUGAGUGCCACCGAUGGGGAUUUGGGGGACAAUGGGACAGUACGCUUCUCCCUGCAGGAGGCUGAGCCAUCAGUGACAGCAGUUGGCCCUUUGGUGGCCCCUCGCCGGGUCUUCCGCUUGGAUCCUGUGUCAGGCAAGCUCAGUACCAUCUCGCAGUUGGAUAGGGAAGAACAGGACCAUUACUCCCUGCAGGUCCUGGCCACUGAUCUGGGCUCUCCUCCUCUCUCCUCGGUAACCCGGGUCAAUGUGAGCCUGCUGGAUGUGAAUGAUAACAGCCCUGUGUUUUACCCGGUCCAGUAUUUUGCACACAUCCAGGAGAAUGAGCCUGCAGGCACCUAUGUUACUACCAUUUCCGCCAGUGACCCAGACCUGGGGCCCAAUGGGACAAUCAAAUACAGUAUCUCAGCUGGAGAUAACUCCAGGUUUCAGAUCCAUGGCCAGACAGGGGUCAUCACCACAAAAAUAGCCCUGGAUAGGGAGGAAAAGACUGCCUACCAGCUGCAAAUAGUGGCCACUGAUGGUGGCAACCUCCAGUCCCAAAACCAGGCCAUAGUUACUAUCACUGUUUUGGACACCCAGGACAACCCCCCAGUUUUCAACCAAGGUGUAUACAGCUUUGUUGUCUUUGAAAACGUUGCCUUGGGCUAUCAUGUUGGCACCGUUUUUGCUUCUACAAUGGACCUCAACACGAACAUUACUUACCUUAUUACAACAGGUGACCAAAGGGGCAUGUUUGCCAUCAACAAAGUGACAGGCCAGAUCACCACAGCCAGUAUCAUUGACCGGGAAGAGCAAGCAUUUUACCAGCUAAAAGUGGUGGCUAGUGGUGGGGCAAUAACUGGAGAUACCAUGGUCAAUAUAACUGUGAAAGAUUUAAAUGACAAUUCCCCUCAUUUUCUUCAUGCAGUGGAAAGUGUUAAUGUGGUUGAGAACUGGAAAGCUGGGCACACCAUAUUCCAAGCCAAAGCUGUUGACCCUGAUGAAGAUGUCAAUGGCAUGGUCAUUUACAGCCUUAAGCAGAAUCCUAAGGGCCUGUUUACUAUCAAUGAACAAAAUGGUGCCAUAAGUUUAAUAGGGACACUUGACAUAAAUGCUGGAUCUUACCAGGUGGAAAUUUUGGCCUCAGAUAUGGGAGUUCCACAGCGUUCUUCUAGUUUCAUUCUAACUGUAUCCGUCCAUGAUGUAAAUGAUAACCCACCAAUAUUUGAUCAACUUUCCUAUGAAGUCACUAUUUCAGAGUCCGAGCCUGUGAAUUCCAGAUUCUUUAAAGUGCAAGCUUCUGACAAAGAUUCAGGAGCAAACGGAGAAAUAGCUUAUAGUAUAAUUGAAGGAAAUUCCGGGGAUGCCUUUGGCAUAUUCCCAGAUGGCCAGCUGUAUAUAAAGAGUGAAUUGGACCGUGAACUUCAAGAAAGAUAUAUUCUCCUGGUUGUUGCUUCUGAUAGAGCAGUGGAACCACUUAGUGCUACUGUGAAUGUUACAAUAAUUUUAGAGGAUGUAAAUGAUAAUAGACCAUUGUUUAACAGUACCAAUUAUGUAUUUUAUUUUGAAGAGGAACAGAAUGGUGGAUCAUCUGUAGGUAAAAUAAGUGCUGUAGAUAAAGACUUUGGACAAAAUGGUGAAGUCAGGUAUUCAUUUGAAAAUAUGCAGCCAGAUUUUGAAUUGAACACAAUAACUGGGGAAAUAACAAGCACUCAUCAGUUUGACAGGGAAACUCUUAUGAGGCAAAGGGGAGCAGCAGUAUUUAGUCUUACAGUAAUAGCAACAGAUCAAGGGUUGCCAAAACCUUUAAAGGAUCAGGCAACUGUGCAGAUUUACAUGAAGGAUAUCAAUGAUAAUGCACCCAAAUUUUUAAAAGAUCUCUAUCAAGCUACAAUAUCAGAAUUAGCAGCAAACCUAACACAGGUUUUAAGAGUUUCUGCCUCAGAUGUUGAUGAAGGUAGUAAUGGAUUGAUUCACUAUUCUGUAAUUAAAGGAAAUGAAGAAAACCAGUUUACAAUUGACAGUGGCACUGGUCAAGUAACAUUAAUAGGUAAACUGGACCAUGAAGCUACUGCAUCUUACUCACUUGUUAUCCAAGCAGUAGAUUCUGGGACAGUUUCCCUAAGCUCAACUUGUACAUUAAGCAUUGAGGUACUGGAUGAAAAUGACAACAGUCCUUCCUUCCCUAAAUCUACUUUGCUUGUAGAUGUCUUAGAAAAUAUGAGACUAGGUGAGCUUGUAUCUUCUGUCACUGCCACUGAUUCUGAUUCAGGUGACAAUGCUGACCUUCAUUACAGUAUUACAGGGACAAAUAAUCAUGGAACCUUUAGCAUCAGUCCCAACACUGGCAGUAUUUUUCUUGCAAAAAAAUUGGACUUUGAAACACAAUCUUUGUAUAAACUAAACAUAACAGCAAAAGACCAAGGAAGGCCACCUCGGUCAUCUACAAUGUCAGUGGUAAUACAUGUUAGGGAUUUUAAUGACAACCCUCCUAAUUUUCCUCCUGGGGAUGUUUUUAAAUCUAUUGUUGAGAACAUUCCUGUUGGUAGUUCUGUGAUUUCUGUGACUGCUCAUGAUCCGGAUGCAGAUAUUAAUGGGCAGCUAACAUAUGCAAUCAUUCAACAGAUGCCAAGAGGCAACCAUUUUAGUAUAGAUGAAGUCAGAGGGACAAUAUUUACUAAUGCUGAAAUAGAUCGUGAAUUUGCUAAUCUCUUUGAAUUAACAGUGAAAGCCACUGAUCAAGCUGUCCCUGUAGAAUCCAGACGAUUUGCAUUGAAGAAUGUAACCAUUUUAGUAACAGAUCAAAAUGAUAAUGUUCCUACAUUUAUAUCACAAAACGCUCUUGCUGCAGACCCAUCGGUUGUGAUUGGUUCAGUCCUAACUACAAUUGUUGCUGCUGAUCCUGAUGAAGGAGCAAAUGGGGAAGUUGAGUAUGAAAUAGUCAAUGGGGACACUGAAACCUUUAUUGUGGAUCGUUACAGUGGAGAUCUAAGAGUGGCGGCAGCUUUGGUGCCUUCUCAGCUCAUAUACAACCUCAUAGUUUCAGCCACAGAUCAUGGCCCUGAAAGGAGGAAAUCAACCACUGAAAUGACUGUCAUUCUGCAAGGGCUUGAUGGACCAGUGUUUACUCAGCCAAAAUAUAUAACUAUUUUAAAAGAAGGAGAGCCAAUUGGGACUAAUGUAAUAUCCAUAGAAGCAGCUAGUCCAAGGGGUUCUGAAGCCCUGGUGGAGUAUUACAUAGUUUCAGUGCGUUGUGAAGACAAAAGUUUUGGACGUCUCUUUACCAUUGGGCGCCAUACUGGUGUAAUCCAGACUGCUGCCAUUUUGGACAGGGAGCAAGGAGUACGUUUGUACCUGGUGGACGUUUAUGCCAUUGAAAAAUCAGCUGUUUUGCCUCGAACACAGCGAGCAGAGAACCUUAGCAAGCAGUACCCAGUGAACAGUGAAAAAGCAAGCCCUAAAGUUUUGAAUUUCAGCAUCAGCAAUCCUGUGGAAAUAACACUUCAAGAUAUCAAUGACAACCCACCAGUAUUCCCAACAGACAUGCUUGAUCUAACUGUAGAAGAGAAUAUAGGAGAUGGAUCUAAAAUAAUGCAGCUGACAGCCAUGGAUGCUGAUGAGGGAGCUAAUGCUCUUGUCACUUACACUAUCAUCAGUGGUGCUGAUGACAGCUUCCACAUUGACCCAGAGUCAGGAGAUCUGAUAGCCACCAAACGUUUGGAUAGGGAACGUCGCUCCAAGUAUUCCCUGCUAGUUCGUGCUGAUGAUGGCCUACAGUCCUCAGACAUGAGAAUAAACAUUACUAUUAGUGAUGUUAAUGAUCACAUACCAAAAUUCUCUAAACCUGUGUAUUCGUUUGAUGUACCAGAGGAUACUACCCCAGGUUCUUUGGUAGCAGCCAUUUUAGCUACCGAUGAUGACUCUGGUGUAAAUGGAGAAAUCACAUACACUGUGAGUGAAGAUGAUGAAGAUGGUAUGUUCUUCCUGAAUCCGGUCACUGGAGUCUUUAACCUGACUCGCAUAUUGGACUAUGAAGUGCAGCAAUAUUACAUUCUUACUGUCCAUGCAGGAGAUGGUGGUGGUCAGUUCACUACCAUCAGAGUUUACUUCAACAUACUAGAUGUAAAUGAUAAUCCGCCACUAUUCAGCAUGCCCUCAUACAGCACGUCCUUGAUGGAAAAUCUGCCUCCAGGAUCUACUAUUCUCAACUUGAAUGUUACUGAUGCAGAUGAUGGCUCUAACUCACAAUUGUCCUACAGUAUUACAUCAGGAGAUAGCCUAGGUCAAUUUAAUAUUGACAAGAAUGGAGUCCUGAGCAUCAAGCAGCCUUUGAAUCGGGAAAGUCAGUCCUUCUAUAGCCUUGUUGUUCAGGUUCAUGACAUGGCUACUCUACCAGCCUCCAGAUACACAAGCACAACUCAAGUGUCUAUUAUUCUACUGGAUGUGAAUGACAAUCCUCCAAGCUUUAUCUCUCCAAAGCUGACCUACAUUCCAGAAAACACACCCAUAGACACCAUUGUGUUUAGAGCUCAAGCAACUGACCCGGACAGUGGUCCUAACAGCUAUAUUGAAUAUACUCUGCUGAGGCCUUUGGGAAACAAAUUCAGUAUUGGCACUAUUGAUGGUAAAGUAAGGCUCAUUGGGGAACUUGACAGAGAAGCAGUUGCUAAUUAUACCUUGACUGUGGUAGCUACAGACAAAGGUCAGCCAUGCCUUUCUUCAUCUACGGAUGUACUUGUAGUAGUCCUUGAUAUCAAUGAUAACAAUCCCUUGUUUGCACAAAAGCUAUAUAAAGUAGAGGUGGGUGAAAACACUCUGACAGGAACAGAUCUGAUCCAGGUGUUUGCUACAGAUGGAGAUGAAGGUACAAAUGGGCAAGUUCGCUAUUCCAUAAUCAGUGGAAACACCAAUAAUGAGUUUCGGAUCGACUCUGUUACUGGGGUGAUAACAGUAGCCAAGCCUUUAGACCGAGAGAAGAAGCCCUCCUACUCAUUAACUGUUCAGUCAUCUGAUCGUGGCAGUAGCCCCAGGACAGACACCACCACAGUCAGUAUUGUUCUGAUGGACGUUAAUGAUUUUAUUCCUACAUUUGAGCUUUCUCCAUAUUCUGUGAAUGUCCCUGAGAAUUUAGGGACACUUCCAAAAGUUAUUCUUCAGGUUAUAGCAAGGGAUGAUGAUCAAGGUCUAAAUGGCAAACUUACAUACCUUCUUGUUGGUGGAAAUGAAGACGGUGCCUUUACUCUCUCAGCCAGUGGAGAGCUCCACUUGGUACAAACCCUGGAUCGGGAGACUAAGGAGCAGUACAUCUUGUUGAUCACAGCUUCUGAUUCAGGAUCUCCUGCCCUUACUGGCACUGGAACUAUUGCUGUCACAGUGGAUGAUGUCAAUGACAAUGUUCCUACAUUUGCCUUUAAGAUGUAUUCCACCACCAUUCCAGAGGAUGCACCUACAGGGACUGAUAUUUUGCUAGUAAACUCUUCAGAUGCCGACACUUCAAUUAAUGCAGUUAUCAGCUAUAGUCUUAUUGGUGGUAAUUCACAAUUCACAAUCAACCCAUCAACAGGACAGAUCAUCACCACUGCAUUACUAGAUAGAGAGACUAAGGAGAACUACACCUUAGUAGUUGUGGCCUGCGAUGGUGGCUUUCCCAAAGCCCUUUCCAGUUCUACCAGUGUCCUUGUCACUGUUGCCGAUGUGAAUGACAAUCCUCCCAAAUUUCAACACCACCCUUAUGUCACCCAUAUUCCAUCACCUACAACUUCAGGUUCGUUUGUGUUUGCUGUGACUGUCACUGAUGCUGAUUCUGGGCCCAAUGCUGAGCUUCAUUAUUCUCUCAUGGGGAAGAACUCUGAAAAAUUCCACAUUGACCCAAUGAGGGGAGCAAUUAUGGCUGCUGACCCACUGACAGGGGCUUCUGAAGUGACUUUUUCCGUUCAUGUAAAAGAUGGUGGCCUAUAUCCAAAAACAGACUCUACAACUGUAACUGUGAGAUUUGCGAACAAAGCAGACUUCCCUCAAGUUCGAGCUGAGCAACAGACUUUCAUAUUUCCUGAAAAUCAAGCAAUUGGUACCCUUGUCACCACUGUUUCUGGGUCUUCGUCCAGAGGGGGUUCCUUGUCGUACUACAUUGCUAGCGGUAACCUUGGCAAUACCUUCCAAAUUGACCAACUAACAGGACAGUUCUCCAUCAGCCAACCUUUGGAUUUUGAAGAAAUACAGAAAUAUGUGGUUUGGAUUGAGGCCAGAGAUACGGGCUUUCCUCCCUUCUCCUCUUAUGAGAAAUUAGAAGUAACAGUGGUAGAUGUCAACGAUAAUGCACCAGAGUUUGAGCGAAAUCCAUUCAUUGCUGAAAUAAUGGAGAACCUUUCACCACGUAAAAUUCUGACUCUCACUGCUGUGGACAAGGACAGUGGCCCAAAUGGACAGUUGAACUAUGAAAUAAUUGAUGGCAAUAAAGAAAAUAGUUUCAGUAUUAGUCGAGCCACAGGUGAAAUUAGAAGUGUCAGACCUUUGGACAGGGAAAACUUGGCUCGCUACAUGCUAACCAUCAAAGUUUCAGACAGAGGUACCCCUCUUCAGAGCACAACAGUAAAAGUUGUUGUUAAUAUUUUAGAUGAAAAUGAUAAUGCUCCCAGGUUUUCUCAGAUAUUCAGUGCUCCAGUGCCUGAAAAUGCACCUCUGGGUUACACAGUUACACGAGUCACAACUUCAGAUGAAGACACUGGUGUGAAUGCUAUCAGCAGGUACUCCAUAAGGGAUACAAGUCUUCCAUUUAACAUAAACCCCAGUACUGGGGACAUUACAAUCAGUCGACACCUGAACAGGGAAGAUACAGACCGCUAUAGAAUCAGAGUUUCUGCACAUGAUUCCGGGUGGACUGUAAGCACAGAUGUGACUAUAUUUGUGACAGACAUCAAUGAUAAUGCCCCACGAUUCACAAAAACAUCCUAUUACUUAGAUUGUCCUGAGCUUACUAAGUUUGGAUUAAAAGUAACUCAGGUUUCAGCAAUAGAUCCCGAUGAAGGAUCUAAUGGCCAAGUUUUCUACUUCAUAAAAUCCCAGUCUGAGUUCUUCCGAAUUAAUGCUACCACGGGAGAGAUUUUCAAUAAGCAAUAUUUAAGGUAUCAAAAUUCCAGUGGUUCCAGCAACAUCAAUAUCAACAGGCACAGCUUCAUAGUUACUUCUUCAGACCGAGGCAGUCCUUCUUUGCUCAGUGAGACAACAGUCACAAUCAAUAUAGUGGAUAGCAAUGACAAUGUACCGCAGUUUCUUGCUAGUAAAUAUUUUACCCCUGUGACUAAAAAUGUAGUAGUUGGUACUAAAUUAAUUAAAGUUACUGCAGUUGAUUAUAAGGAUUUUGGACUAAAUUCUGAAGUUGAAUACUUCAUUUCUAAUGAAAACAACACUGACAAAUUUAAGCUGGACAGCACUACAGGCUGGAUUUCUGUAGCAUCUUCACUCAUGACUGAUUUGAACCAAAACUUUCUGCUUACGGUAAAAGCAAAGGAUAAAGGCAAUCCUCCCCUCUCAUCUGAGGUUACUGUUCAAAUAGUUAUCACAGAGGAAAACUACCAUACACCUGAGUUCUCUCAAAGCCAUAUAAGUGUUACUAUCCCUGAGAGUCAUGUUGUUGGAGCAGUUGUCAGAACUGUUUCAGCAAGGGAUAGGGAUGCUGCUAUGAAUGGUCUAAUCACAUAUAAUAUUUCUUCAGGAAAUGAGGCUAGUAUCUUUGCUAUUAAUACAUCUACAGGGGCAUUAUCUCUAGCCAAACCCCUUGAUUAUGAGUUAUGUCAAAAUCAUGAGAUGAUUGUUAGUGCUACAGAUGCAGGAUGGGUAGCUAGAACAGGUUACUGCAGUGUCACGGUUAAUGUUAUUGAUGUGAAUGACAAUUCUCCAAUAUUCAGCCCAGAAGACUACUUCCCUAAUGUAUUAGAAAAUGCUCCAAGUGGGACAACUGUUAUCCGUCUAAAUGCAACUGAUGCUGAUUCUGGACCUAAUGCCAUGAUUGCAUAUGCAGUUCAGUCCUCAGAUAGUGAUCUCUUUGUCAUUGAUCCCAACACCGGAAUUAUCACCACCCAAGGGUUCUUAGACUAUGAAACAAAACAAAGUUAUCAUCUAACUGUGAAAGCUUUUAAUGUUCCAGAUGAAGAGCGAUGCAGUUUUGCUAGUGUCAACAUCCAAUUAGAAGGAACAAAUGAGUAUGUACCGCGUUUUGUGUCCAAGCUUUACUAUUUUGAGGUCUCUGAAGCAGCUUCUAAAGGCACGGUUGUGGGAGAAGUCUUUGCAAGUGACCGUGAUAUGGGAACCGAUGGAGAAGUCCACUAUCUUAUCUUUGGCAGUAGCAGAAAGAAAGGUUUCCAGAUUAAUGAGAAGAGUGGACAGAUUUAUGUUUCAGGUCCUCUUGACAGAGAAAAGGAAGAACGUAUCUCUUUGAAAGUUCUUGCAAAAAAUUUUGGAAGCAUUCGCGGUGCAGAUGUAGAUGAAGUAAUUGUAAAUAUCACUGUCUUAGAUGCUAAUGAUCCUCCAGUUUUUAGCCUACAGGUUUACAAUAUACAAAUCAGUGAAGGUGUUCCUCCAGGGACCCAUGUCACAUUUGUAAGUGCCUUUGAUUCAGAUUCUGUCCCAAGUUGGAGCAGAUUCUCCUAUUUUAUUGGUUCUGGGAAUGACAAUGGUGCCUUUUCUAUCAAUCCACAAACAGGACAGGUUACUGUCACUGCAGAAUUGGACAGAGAAACUUUACCUGUCUACAACCUGACUGUUUUAGCAAUUGAUUCAGGAACACCUUCAGCAACAGGAAGUGCCACUUUAUUGGUAACAUUGGAAGAUAUCAACGAUAAUGGACCUACCUUGUCCACCAGCCAGGGAGAAGUAAUGGAAAAUAAUCGUGCUGGAACUCUUGUGAUGACACUUCAGUCGUCAGAUCCUGAUCUCCCUCCAAAUCAAGGCCCCUUUACCUACUACUUGCUUAGCACUGGCCCUGCAACCAGUUAUUUUAGUCUUAGCACUGCAGGAAUUUUGACCACAACUAGGGAAAUUGACAGAGAGCAAAUAGGUGACUUCUACUUAUCAGUGAUUACCAGAGACUCUGGCAUUCCUCAGAUGUCUUCCACAGGAACUGUACAAAUAAAGGUAAUAGACCAAAAUGACAAUCCAUCGCAACCUAGAACAGUAGAGAUCUUUGUUCAUUAUUAUGGCAACCUAUUCCCAGGUGGAAUUUUAGGCAGUGUGAAACCUCAGGAUCCAGAUGUUUUAGACAGCUUCCGCUGUUCCCUCACUUCAGGAGUUACAAGCCUCUUUAAUAUUCCAGGGGGCACUUGUGACCUGAAUUCGCAGGCAAGGUCCACAGAUGGAACAUUUGACCUGACAGUUCUUAGCAAUGAUGGGUUACACAAUGCAGUUACUAGCAGUGUUCGAGUUUUCUUUGCAGGGUUCAGUAAUGCCACAAUUGACAGCAGCAUCCUUCUUCGCCUUAGCGUGCAAACUGUGAGAGAUUUUUUGACCAAUCACUACCUUCACUUCCUGCGUAUUGCCAGUUCACAGUUACCCGGAUUAGGAACUGCUGUGCAGCUCUAUGGGGUUUAUGAAGAGAGUAACAGAACCUUCCUGAUGGCAGCUGUGAAACGGAACAACAAUCAGUAUGUGAAUCCCAGUGGUGUGGCUACCUUCUUUGAGAGCAUCAAAGAAAUCCUUUUCCGUCAGAGUGGAGUACGGAUAGAGUCUGUGGAUCAUGAUUCAUGUGUUCAAAGUCCAUGUCAAAAUGGAGGAAGCUGCUUGAGAAGGCUAGCUGUGAAACCUGUUUUAAAGAGCCACGAGAGUAUCCCAGUAAUCAUCAUGGCAAAUGAACCUCUGCAGCCCUUCGUGUGCAGGUGCAUGCCAGGGUACGAUGGUAAUUUGUGUGAAACUGACAUUGAUGAAUGUCUCCCAUCCCCUUGCCACAAUGAUGGGACUUGCCACAACUUGGUGGGAGGAUUCUCAUGCAAUUGUCCAGAUGGUUUUACCGGAAUGGCCUGUGAGAGAGACAUCAAUGAGUGCCUGUCCAGCCCUUGUAAAAAUGGCGCUGUCUGCCAGAACUUCCCAGGAAGCUUCAACUGUGUUUGUAAAACUGGAUAUACAGGGAAAACAUGUGAAUCUGCUGUCAAUUACUGUGAAUGCAACCCCUGUUUCAAUGGAGGGUCCUGUCAAAGUGGAGUGGAAGGAUAUUAUUGCCACUGUCCAUUUGGUGUCUUUGGAAAUCAUUGUGAAUUGAAUAGUUAUGGAUUUGAAGAGUUGUCCUAUAUGGAGUUUCCCAGUAUGGAUCCAAAUAACAAUUAUAUUUAUAUAAAGUUUGCAACCAUCAAAAGUAAUGCCUUAAUGCUGUAUAACUAUGACAACCAGACUGGAGAACGGGCAGAAUUCCUGGCUCUGGAAAUAACAGAAGAAAGGCUGAGAUUCUCCUACAACCUUGGCAGUGGCACGUAUAAACUUACCACAAUGAAGAAAGUGUCUGAUGGCCAGUUUCACACUGUAAUUGCCCGGAGGGCUGGAAUGGCAGCAUCCUUGACGGUGGACUCCUGUUCUGAGGACCAGGAACCAGGCUAUUGUACUGUUAGUAAUAUGGCUGUUUCCACUGACUGGACUCUCGACGUACAACCAAAUCGAGUAACUGUUGGUGGCAUUAGAUCUCUAGAGCCAAUACUUCAGAGGAGAGGACAGGUGGAAAGUCAUGAUUUUGUGGGUUGUAUAAUGGAGUUUGCAGUCAAUGGACGUCCUCUGGAACCCAGCCAGGCUUUGGCAGCUCAAGGAAUCUUAGAUCGAUGCCCUAGAUUAGAAGGAGCUUGUGCAAUUAGCCCUUGCCAACACGGUGGCACCUGUGUUGAUUACUGGUCAUGGCAGCAAUGUCAUUGCAAAGAUGGAUUGACUGGGAAACACUGUGAAAAAUAUAUUACUGCUGAUACUGCCUUAUCAUUAGAAGGCAAAGGACGCCUUGACUACCACAUGAGCCGGAAUAAGAAACGAGAGUACAUGAUGAAAUAUGGCAGUAAGGGAGCCAUUUCGGAGCCCCUGAGUGUGAACCAUUUGGAAGUGAAAUUCAGGACAAGGAGCGAGAAUGGAAUUUUAAUUCAUAUCCAGGAAAGCAGCAAUUACACUACUGUGAAGAUAAAGAGCGGCAAGGUGCAUUACACAUCUGAUGCUGGAGUUGCUGGGAAAGUGGAGAGGAAUAUUCCUGAAGUUUACACUGCAGAUGGUCAAUGGCAUUCCCUCCUUAUUGAAAAGAAUGGAUCUGCCACUGUUCUAUCCAUUGACAAGACCUACAGCAGAGAGAUUCUCCAUGUCACACAAGACUUUGGAGGACUGAAUGUUCUUACAGUUUCUCUGGGAGGAAUCCCACCAAGCCACACUCCCAGAAGCACAGAGACAGGUUUUGAUGGCUGUUUUGCCUAUGUGAAGUACCGUGGAGAAAGCCUCCCUUUCAGUGGAAAGCACAGCAUUGCUACCAUAUCCAAAACUGACCCCUUUGUGAAGAUUGGCUGCCGAGGUCCCAACAUUUGUGCCAGCAAUCCCUGCUGGGGUGAAUUAAUGUGCAUUAACCAGUGGUAUGCAUAUAAAUGUGUCCCUCCAGGAGCCUGUGCCUCCAACCCUUGCCAGAAUGGUGGCAGCUGUGAACCUGGUGCGCAUUCUGGAUUUACCUGCAGCUGUCCUGAAUCAUACACAGGAAGAACAUGUGAGACGGUAGUGGCUUGUCUUGGUAUCCUGUGUGCCCAGGGACAUGUGUGCAAGGGUGGAAUCAAUGGAGGACACAUAUGCGUCCCUCAUCCUCACCAAGCCGAGCUCUCUCUGCCACUCUGGGCUGUUCCUGCUAUUGUUGGCAGUUGUGCUACAGUUCUUGCCCUGCUUGUCCUUAGCCUGAUCCUCUGUAAUCAGUGCAGGGGAAAGAAGACAAAAGUGCCAAAGGAGGAGAGGAAAACGAAGGAAAAGAAGAAAAAAGGGAGUGAGAAUGUUGCAUUUGAUGAUCCUGACAACAUUCCGCCCUAUGGCGAUGACAUGACUGUCAGGAAGCAGCCAGAAGGGAACCCUAAACCUGAUAUAAUUGAAAGAGAAAACCCUUACCUCAUCUAUGAUGAGACAGACAUACCCCAUAAUACAGAGACUAUACCCAGUGCCCCUCUGGCUUCCCCUGAACCUGAGAUAGAGCACUACGACAUUGAAAAUGCAAGCAGCAUUGCUCCUUCAGACGCAGACAUCAUUCAGCACUACAAGCAGUUCCGGAGUCACACGCCCAAAUUCUCUAUCCAGAGGCAUAGCCCACUAGGCUUUGCCAGGCAGUCCCCAAUGCCACUGGGAGCAAGCAGCUUGACUUAUCAACCUUCAUACAGUCAGGGAAUAAGGACAACUUCCUUAAGCCACUCUGCAUGCCCUACUCCCAACCCUUUGUCUCGUCACAGCCCCGCUCCAUUCUCCAAAUCAUCAGCUUUCUACAGAAACAGUCCAGCAAGGGAACUUCAUCUAUCAAUAAGAGAAGGGAGUCCUUUGGAGAUGCACAAUGAUGUCUGCCAGCCUGGCAUUUUUAACUAUGCCACUAGACUAGGGAGAAGAAGUAAGAGUCCCCAGACCAUGGCAACUCAUGGUUCCAGACCAGGAAGUCGCCUAAAGCAACCAAUAGGACAGAUUCCUCUGGAGACUGCUCCUCCUGUAGGACUCUCUAUUGAAGAGGUGGAGAGACUUAACACUCCUCGCCCUAGAAAUCCAAGCAUCUGUAGUGCUGAUCAUGGAAGGUCUUCUUCAGAGGAGGACUGCAGAAGGCCACUGUCAAGAACAAGGAAUCCAGCUGAUGGUAUUCCAGCUCCAGAAUCAUCAUCAGAUAGUGACUCCCAUGAGUCUUUCACUUGCUCAGAAAUGGAGUAUGAUAGAGACAAGCCUAUGGUGUACACAUCCAGAAUGCCCAAAUUAUCUCAAGUCAAUGAGUCAGAUGCAGAUGAUGAAGACAAUUAUGGUGCUAGGCUGAAGCCUAGGAGGUACCCUGGCCGAAGAGCUGAGGGUGGGCCUGUGGGUGCACAAGCAACAACAUCUAAUAUUGCUGAGAACACAUUGCCCAUAAAGCUUGGACAGCAAACUGGAAAUUUCAACUGGGACAACCUUUUGAACUGGGGUCCAGGCUUUGGACAUUAUGUAGAUGUUUUUAAAGAUUUAGCAUCACUCCCAGAAAAAGCAGCAGCAGCAGCAAACACAAAUGAAGAAAGCAAAGGUGGUACAACAAAGCCCAUUUCCAAAGAUGGGGAAGCAGAACAAUAUGUAUAGACGUCAUAUACUGGCAUUGUCAAAAUGCAAAAUCAUGGAACAGUGAAACCAUUGUAUGGUUGUAGAUAAGUGAAAGUCAGCAUUUUAAGCCCAGGCCAGUGUGGUUGGAGGAGACUUUUAAAAAUAAUAACCAUUAUGCUGCUGAAAAAGACUUAAAACAUUUUUAAUUUAAUUAUGCUUGGGUGAAUUUAUUUCUCCUGCAUGCAUUGUAUUUUAAAAACACGACAUUCAGCAUGCAGCAUUUGAAAAGGGUUUCCUAUUUACCAUUGUUUGGUUUGUGAUUUUUAAAUUAAUAAUGCUUUAAUCUGAAAAUAAGAUCAGAUGUUUUUAUUGUGGGAGUCUGUGUAUUGUCUACAACUUAAAAACUUGUUUUGCAAUGCAAGAGUCUUGAGGAUUUUAUUUUCCUUGAGAGACACAUAGAAGAAGGAGGGUGAAUGAAGGAAUUACACUAUUAGAGUCUCUCAGAAAAUGUACUUACCAUAUCUUGCAAUUCCUCUGUGUGUAAACUUUAAGGAAGAAGUAAGUUUGAGUAAUUGCUGGCAAAAGUGCCGUAAGUUUUAUCCAUACAAGAGGUGCUAGAAGCGGCUCAACCUGUCCAGCACUUUAGGAUUUUUUUUCAUUGACAAAGUUGUGUGAGAGCUUCUGAAUAACUAUGAAAUAUUUUUGGAUGCUUAUCCCCCGCCUCUGCACUCCUCCCAGUGCUUUCCCCUGGCAUGAAAUUAUUGGAAGUUGUCAGAUCAAACAGAUAGUAUAGUCUACAGAGGCAGCAUGUUCUAAUGGAUUGCAACCAGACUAGAUACUAGGAGCUCCUGCAUUCUAAUCUCAGCUCAGCCACGGGUCAAAUCAUUCAGUCUCUCAAAGUUUCAGCUGCCCCAGCUGUACAAGGGGGCAUGAUGAUGAUAACUUACUUGCCUGCCUCACAGCGGUAUUGUGAGGAUUCAUUAGCUAACAUCUGUAAAGUGCUUAGAUGUCAUAAAGCACUAUAAUCAGUGUUAUAAUUAUUAUUAAAGCACUGCCUAGCCCACGUGACCUUGGAGGGGCAUUUUCUGCCUUACAUAAUUUUCUGAGACAGAAAUUUUUGAAGAAUUAUUUAUUGUAUAAAAAUUACUGCACUCUAGCAUGGUGGAGCUGAUAUGAGAGAAAACUCCUGGUAGACUGACUUACAAUAGCUUAUUGUUUGUUCCGAAUGCCCUAAAAUAAAUAGAAAUUCACAAAACCCUUCAUGUGUUCCUGCAGACCUGAAGAUCCUAUUGUACUGUGUAAAGACUUUUUUUUUUACCUAAACUGUGUUUUUGAUAUCAAUAUUUUCCUAUGCUGAAUAGUUUUCUUACUUUCAGGGAAGGUAAGAAAAAUACUGUUUUUUUUACAUUUGUUACUUAUGUAACAUCCAUAUUUUUCACCUUUUGAUAAAUUUGUAACAUACUGUAUGCU